AUGUCAGACGACAGACUAAACUCUAAUUACAUAACAACGGAGAGUAAGCUAACCAAUCUCCUGGAAAGGGAAAUGAAAACUGUAGUCAGUAAUGUAAAUAAUAAUAACAACAAUAUUCAUGAUAUCAAUAACACCAAAAGUAAUAACGUCGAUAGCUGUAAUAAGAUUAAGUCCAAAUCUAGAGGAUCGUGUUUAGAUAGUCCAAAGAAGGGACCAGCACCUUUAGUCGGGUGGCAGAACGACAGUCCAACAGUUUGCACCACUUUGCCCAACACCAAUAACAUCAACAACACCACCAACAAUUCAUUCAACUCAACUCAGGACGACAAGGACAACGAUUGUGGGUCUAGGAAAAGCUCAGGAAUCGGGAGAGACUCUAGUCUAGCUCUCACCAACGACCACUCGAGUAUCGAUACCAUUUCUUCCCACAAAAAUGAGAGCGAGUGCGAAAGCGAGAGCUUGCUGACACCCAGCGGUGAUCCCUUUCCCAACAGGCGAAGCAAUGAAGAGAAAAAUGACCAAGAAAAUGGAGAAUGCAUGGUAAACUUCUCAGCAGAGUCCUCGGUGGUGGAUCUGGUCUUCGACUUGAAGAAAAACCUGGGAAGAAAUGCUACAAGCAUCGAUUUAGAUUCUUGCAAUGAAGAUCCCAAGAUUCCUGACGGUGGCUGGGGCUGGAUGGUAGUCUUAGCCUCGCUGGUGAUCUCGCUGAUAGCUGAUGGAGUGUCAUUCAGCUUCGGCUUGCUGUACAUCGAGUUCCUGAACGAGUUCCGGGCCUCCAAGUCCAAGACUGCCUGGAUUGGCUCGCUGUUUAUGGCAGUUCCGCUGAUGAGCGGCCCGGUGAUGUCCGCGCUGGUCGACAGGUACGGCUGCAGGAAGAUGACCAUCCUAGGAGGCCUGAUCUCCGGGUUCGGGUUCACGCUCAGCUCCUUCGGUACUUCUAUUGAGUUUAUGUUUCUGACUUUCGGGAUACUAUCGGGCCUGGGGCUGGGUUUAUGCUACGUAACAGCGGUUGUUAGCAUUGCUUAUUGGUUUGAUAAAAAGAGAACCCUGGCCAUGGGGCUAGGAGCCUGCGGGACUGGCAUUGGAACCUUUGUUUAUGCGCCGCUGACUUCCUUCUGGAUCUUCGAGUACGGCUGGCGCGGAACAUGUCUUCUGCUUGGAGGUACCUUCCUCAAUCUCAUUGUUUGCGGCUGCGUGAUGAAGGACCCGGAGUGGUGGGUCAUCGAGCAGCGGAAACAGUCCAUCGAGUCACCGAGAAAGUCGAUUGUCAGGUCGGAAAAUGGGAGGUCUUGUUCGGCGAUCAGUGUUGAAGACUUUCCUGGUAUUGAGGAAUUAAGAAAACUACUCAAGAGUGGCAAGACGCCUGAAUGUCAGCUGCAGAGCUUGAGGACCAGUCUUGUCACUCCUUGUGAUGGAACGCUGGGAUCUGAGGGAGGCUCUGGGUUCAGGAGUGUUGUUAAUCUGCCGACUUUUGUACGACAGAGUGAAAAGGUGCCGUUGGAAGUCCUUGAGUCAUUGUCAACAAACUCUCGGCUGUAUAAUGUAAUUUUGGAAAAUUACCCAAGUCUUUUACUUUGCAGAAGUAUUUCUGAUAAAAAUGUUGAUCAAUCUCCAACGGGUGAAACUUCUAAUAAGGCUGGAGUAACUAUGUCUAUGAGAAUUAAGCAAGCUAAAGAAAAGAAUGCAGUUAUUAAAGAAGAUGCUCCAAGAUUCGAGUGUCCUAUUGAUGACAUGACCAAAGUCCAGACAUUGAAAGUAAAAACGGACUUUGAAAAGACAGUAGAGCAAGAAAAAUCAAAACAUCAUACUCCUGGUAUUAAUUGUGAUAUUGUCAGAACUGAUUCAUUACCUUGGCUAAGACGACAAUUCAAUCCAAAUACUCAUUAUUUCAAAAAUAUUAGAGUACAUAGAAAUUCUGUGAUGUAUCGUGGUGCAGUACUUAAUUUACACAAAUACAGGUUAAGGGCCAGUAGUUGUCCUGAUAUUUUUAGAAACACACUGUCUUUAUCAACCAUCACGUUGUUCACCUGGUUCAUCGUGCCUUACUUUUAUCUCGCGGAACACUUAACAAGAAACGGAUACUCAGAAGCGGAUGGCGCGCAUCUUCUCUCCAUUAUUGGAAUUUCAAGUACAAUUGGGAUGGUUUUUCUUGGUUGGGCUGGCGAUCAACCCUGGAUGAACAGAACAAAGACAUAUGCAGUAUGUUUAAUUGGCUGCGGCAUUGCAACGAUAUUUAUGAGCACAUUCGUUCAUAAUUACACGAUUUUAAUGGUGAGCGCAGCGUUCUUUGGAUUGUUAUUCAGCAGCAACUUGAGUUUCACACCGGUAAUUGUCGUUGAACUGAUUCCGUUGGAACGGUUUACCACAGCCUAUGGCCUGAGUUUACUCUGCCAAGGAAUAGGUAAUUUUGUCGGGCCUCCUUUUGCCGGCCUGCUGUUUGAUCUGACCAACACUUGGGAUAUGUCAUUUCUACAAGCUGGCGGGUGGAUUAUUGUCUCUGGUCUCCUUGUAGGUAUUAUUCCGUAUACGAAAAAUCGAAAAAUAUGGGGAAGUGGUCUCAUCGAAAUGGAACAGUAUGCAUAA